ACCAUGUCUUCCUUAACAAACAGCCAUCUCAUUUUUGUGCUAUUCUCAUUUCUACUUAUCCUCAAAACGUCAUCUUUUGGAAACCAUUCAUCCGUCGAUGGUUUUUUACCGUUUGCACCUAAACACGUUGUGAUUACUAACAGAAUUAACACAGGAGUAACACUGAUCCUGCAUUGCAGAAGCAAAGACAAAGAUUUUGGGAUAAGAGCGGUUGCAUUCCUACAAAGUUUUGAUUUUAAAUUUCAUGUCAACUUCCUCAAAACGACAAGGUAUACUUGCACCUUCAACUGGCCUGGACAUAGAGCAACAUUUGCUAUUUUCAGGGUUGAUAGAGAUGACAGCCCAAGAAGUAAGAUUGGAGUCUGCAGAGAAUGCAUUUGGGUCAUUUAUGAGCCCGGCCCUUGUCGUCUUAAACGUGACGGAGGACCUGGAGGCAGUCUUACUUGUUUCGAAUGGGAUUCUUGAUUGCUUUAAUAUAUCUUUUGCAUCUUACUUGGUUUGUAUCCUUGAUUUGAUUCAAAUAGUAAUGAAACAAUUAAACAAACAUAUAUG